AUGCAGUUGAAAGAGGGCCCAUCUGGCACGGCCCUUAAGGUGGCUACUCAAUACAAAUCAACUUUCGCCCCAGAUAUGAUGCGCCUUCUGAUCAGUCGAGGAGCUGAUGUGAAUUUGGGGCCGACAAAGGGGACUUAUGGCAGUGCUCUUGCUGCGGCUCAUUCUGUCCAAAACAUCCAAGCACUUGUUCGAGCGGGUAGUAAUUAUGGCAGUCCCCUAGCUGCUACUGCUGCUGAUUAUCCCGAUAAUGUCGAAGCUGUUGUUCAAGCAGAUGCUGAUGUUAACAUGAAAUUAACGCAUGGCCGUUGUGGAAGUGCCCUACAUCACCUCUCAGAUGCGAGCCCCAAACCUGUCAGUUGGCGCUGGGGUGGAGCAAACUUACAACUUGUCCCACAGUCAGCGUCCCAUUUGGCGUUAGGUGGCCAGGCAACCGACUGUUCACCCCCACCUACAGGUACUCCCGGUCCAGACAGUGGUCUUGUCUCAUUAAUUGCUCUGCGUGAUCAGAGUGGGCUUGUCCUUGAUAGUUCCAGGGAUGAUAUGACCAUGGUUCGAGAACUCAUAAUCAUCAAAGGCUACAGUGCACGCCCCUAA